ACUCACUUUGUCACCCCUCGGUGGCCCUCUACCUCCUUUCCCCUCCUCUCUCUCGCUCUCUCUCUCUCUCUCUCGCCAUCGCUCCGAGGACAAGAGCGCCCGCAGACGCAUUUCUCUCCAGAGCAAACCCCCCCCCCUCUCUCAUGCCACCCCCUCCCACACACACCACCUCUUUCUCUCCGUCGCUCCCUCCAUCUCUCCUCCACUCUCGCCUUUACGCACACAGUAUUGUCAACAAAGCUGGAGAACAAGGGACGAGGAGGCAACAGGGGAAUCAAAGUAGACGGGACCCCCGGCGUCGACCCACCUUGAUGCUGUGAGGAAGAGGUGGAGGAUCGAAGGACAGCGCGAGGAGCCCAAAGUGACAGGAAAAGGGGGCAAGCACGCACGCACGCACACAGCAGGACCGCUGCCUUGGUCUUCAUGGUGCUUGGGACACUUGGAGUAUGUAUGAAAAGUUAACCAUGCUGAACCUGCAGAGCGGUUCCAACUGGAGCGGGCCCAACAACUGGUACCACGACCCCACUGGUGUACAAACUCAACACAGCACAGUGUCCGAGGGCUGCCUGCUGGAAGCGGAGGGCGGCAUGGGAGGCGACGCGGUUGUCGGAAGCGGAGGAGGAGGAGCGGGAGGAGGCGCGGGCCGAGGGGGAGGCGUGCCCGCGGAUAGGGACGAGGGAGAGGAGUCUCAGCUCAGGCUGCAGCUCAAGAGGAAGCUGCAGAGGAACCGCACCAGCUUCACGCAGGAGCAGAUCGAGGCGCUGGAGAAAGAAUUCGAAAGGACGCAUUACCCGGACGUCUUUGCGAGGGAGAGACUGGCCAAUAAGAUUGACUUACCGGAGGCCAGGAUACAGGUGUGGUUCUCCAACCGGAGAGCCAAGUGGAGGCGGGAGGAGAAGCUGCGCAACCAAAGGAGGUCGGGAGGAGUGACUUCCUGUUCGCAGAGUCAAGCCCCCCUAACCACUUCCUUUAACACGUCCGUCUACCAUCAGCAGCACGGCAGCAGUUCGGGGUCCAUGUUGAGUCAGGCCGAGUCGUCGCUACCAAGCUACAGCUCGCUGUCAGUCUUCUCAUCUGGAGUCCAGUCCAUCCCUCCGCAGUCGGCCUCCUCGUACUCUUGCAUGUUGCCUCCAUCUCCAUCUGCGCCACGCAGCUUUGACUCUUCAGCAUAUUCCUCCCCUCACCUCCAGACUGCACCUUCGGCCAACUCCAACACCGGCCUCAUAUCACCCGGCGUCUCAGUGCCGGUGCAAGUUCCAGGAACCGACCCGCAGGGCAUGAGCCAGAACCUGGGCCAGUACUGGGCCAGAUUACAGUGAACGACAACCAUCGUAGAAGAAGUACAAAAAAAGAAGACGGAAGAGAAAUAAAGGAUAACACAGGACUGAGCUUUCCAAAAUAAGCUGAGGAAACCUGAUAUGCAUCAAAUGUUUACAAACGUAUCCAAGAACAGCUUUGGUUACACGCGACGAUACUCUAUUGCUAUUUGCAUUGUGUUUACUUGCCCGGACAGAGUCGGAUUAAAACUAGUGUAGGAUUAGAUUUCAAUCGAGGUGCGGACAAUUUCACUGGAUGAUUCAAGUAAAUGCCAGCAAAUGUCUGUAGUGUAUUGUGAAGUCGAAUCACAGUUCCUUGUUCCACAAGUGGUAGAAACUACAUGCCCAUUUGGCUUCAGGUCAAUUGAAAACCAUUAAAAAAAAAAACACACAAAACAGACACACACACAUAUACAAAACAAAGGUUCUUUUUGCUCAGAAUGCGCGUUUCUGUACAUACAUCUGCGUAUGAUGACAUGUGGACUUUUGUCAGAUGUUGCCGGAGAGAUGAAUGUAGCAUUUUAUGCUAAUUUGUUGAUCCAAAAUUAACUAUAUGGCAAAACACGCAGAUACCCAACAGGGAUUUCUAGACC